ACAAAAGCCUACUGAUCGUCCUAAAGGGAAACGUUCCUCAAAAGUGGUCAAGUUACCUGAUCUGUCAGCUGAGGUCUACAAUGACUCUUCCUCUCACAGUGCUCUGCCUUGUUUACCUCUAUGGCUCACUGUCUUGCCAUGCAUUCAAAAUCUGUGCGUUUAACGUUCAGAGCUUUGGGGAGUCAAAAGCUGAAGAUGGUGUGAUUUUGAACACUGUAACCCGGAUUGUGUCACGCUGUGAUGUGUGCCUGCUCCAGGAGGUCAGAGAUCAGAAGAAGAAGGCCAUUCCACGUCUACUCAGUCGUCUUAACAAGUAACGUAUAAAUAUAGAUGAUCACCAUUACAACUAUGUGUCCAGUGGACGUCUUGGCAGAUCACAAAUCUAUCAGGAACAAUAUGUCUUCGUAUUUAGGACAGAUUCAGCCAGUCUGAUGAAUCAGUAUCAGUACCCAGACACACAGAAAGGGGAUGAGGAUGCUUUCGCUAGGGAACCUUUUGUAGUGCGCUUCAGAGCACCUAAAACAGAAAUUGGGGAGUUUGUCCUGAUUCCAAUGCACACCAGUCCCUCAAAUGCCACCAAAGAGAUUGAUGAACUCUACGAUGUCUUUGAAGAUAUUAGACAGAGGUGGAGGACAAAGGAUAUAAUGUUCAUUGGUGACUUCAAUGCAGCUUGUGGAUAUGUGGCGAAGAAAAACAAACGGAACAUCAGACUGUAUACUGAUCUCUCUUUUACCUGGCUAAUAGAAGACAAACAGGACACUACAGUGAGAGGAUCCACUGACUGUGCAUAUGACAGGAUUGUUGUGCAUGGAGAUGAAUUUCUUAGAGCUAUCGUACCAUUUUCAGCACAGCCGUUCAACUUUGCCAGUGAGUUCAGGAUCACGGAGGAAGAGGCACUAAAAGUAAGUGAUCACUAUCCUAUAGAAGUGGAGCUGAAGACCAGGUCAGGUAGUGAGUUAAGAUGCACCCCAUUGUUCCUGCUGACUCUGGGUCUCCCAAUACUACUUCAAAUGAAUUCACACUGAUGUGCUGAACGUGGACAAUUUCUUUUUCAAAGCCAGUUUGAGAUUUAUAAGAACAUGCACUGAUUCUGAUACUUGAAUAUUUACUAUACCAA